UCAAUCAAGCACCAGGCCCGAAACAUUGCCUGGAGACAAGCCGACGGUGAGGCCAACUACAACCCUUUCGCCAGGCGCUCUCGAUCCUAUGUUGGACGCCUGCAAGACGAGGAGAACAACCUGCAGCGUCGCCAUACAGCAGACCAAGUCAUGUCAGAUAGCAGUAUCAGGCGCAACGAUGCGCGCAAUGUAGAUGAUGCCGACUUUGCCUAUCCCCACCAUGCCAACACAGCGCCGCCAGAGUCUAGUACCUCUUCCGAUACGCCCACAUCCAAUGGAACCCUUGUCGGCCAGUCCGAUAUCAAACCGUCCAGAGAAAAGGAAAUCCUACCACUGGACAGAGACAACUCUCGCUCCAUGUCCGAGAAGAACGUCACAGAGCCUGAGCACAAACCACGCAAGCGCCUGGCUCUCAUGAAUCUGCUCGGUGCACCUGACCGUACCAAGACGGACAACUCUGACCUUGAACGCUCCGACACUGGCGACACCAAGAAGAAGAGACGGCCAAAGAUUGGCGUCGUCAGCCAGUUCAAGGCCACUCUCCUCGGCUCAUGGGUCAACGUCCUUCUCGUCUGUGUUCCUGUCGGUUUUGCUCUUCGGUACACCCACGCCAACGGAUAUGCCGUCUUCGUCCACUUCAACAUUACUGUUGCCCAAACAGCCUCCAGUAUGCUUGCUGUCUCGAUCGGCUCAUUGAUCAUCCCCACCGCUUUCCAGAGAUUCGGUAACAACCCUGCCGGUGGUGUUGCUCCCAUCUCGCGAGGAACAGCUAUCAUCUUGCUCCUUGUCUACUUUGCCUACCUUGUCUUCCAGCUCAAGACUCAUGUCGAGAUUUACAACACCCCGAGUCAAAAAUCCGAGAAGAAGAAGGGUUCCACCCGCGAGAAGGGCGAAACUCUGAUGGGAAUUGCUCGCAUUGGUGCCGGUACUGCUGCUUCAGCCGGAGGCCAAGUCAACCAAUCUAACCUUGUUUACAACGAGGACGAAGAGGAAGAGUCGCCUGCGCUGUCUAUCAUUGGUGCUCUUGUCACCUUAACUAUUGCAACAGUCUUCAUCGCCUUCAAUUCUGAGUUCAUGGUCAGUGGUAUUGACUACAUCGUCGAGCACGGUCACAUCUCCGAGGAAUUUGUUGGUCUUAUUUUGGUCCCCAUCGUUGGAAAUGCUGCAGGUAAGUUGAGUCACAUGUUUAUAAUGGACUACGAAAAGACUAAUUCCACCAAUNNAGAACACGCAACCGCCGUCACUGUUGCCAUCAAGGACAAAAUGGAUCUCGCCAUUGGUGUCGCCGUCGGCUCAAGUAUGCAAAUCGCCCUUCUCGUCCUUCCUCUCAUGGUCGUCAUCAGCUGGUGCGGUUUGGGCAACGAAGCCAUGACUCUCGACUUCGACGGCUUCCAGGUCGCCGUUCUCUUCAUCGCUGUGCUUUUGGUCAACUAUCUCAUUCAAGAUGGCGAGAGUCAUUGGCUUGAGGGGAUCUUGUUGAUGGCGGUGUACAUCAUCAUCGCCGUCAGCGCGUGGUUCUAUCCAGCAUCAGGAGAUCUGGUUGGA